AUGAUAUCAUUAGAAAAUGCUCUUUUACGUGAUAUUAAAAUUUUAUCUAACGAAUCCGAAAGCUAUGACGUGGUGCUACAGGUUGGCCAACAUCCCGAAAUCGAUAGUUUUAGAGCACAUUUUUUAAUACUGCAUGCCAGAUCAUCUUAUUUUCGAUCGAUCUUGUCAUCCAAAAAAUGGGAUGAGGAAAGUAAUGAAUGUGUAUUGUUGUUGCCAAGUAUCCCACCUUGUGUGUUCAAAGUUCUUUUAGGCGGUUCCAUUAAUAUGGGUGACAAAACGAUCAAAUCCAUCUAUCUUAAUCUUUUAACUGCCGCAGAUGAAUUAGAACUCUCGGAAUUAACUGAAAAUAUGCAAGAGUACCUUAUUUCUCAUGAAAUUGAUUGGAUACACAACAAUUUCUUUAAAAUCCUUCGAACAACCGCUAAAUCCAAAGCUUUUACAAGGCUUGAAAAUUUUUGUCAUGAAAUUUUCAAUACGAAUCCAGCCUCAAUUUUGACUUCUGAUGGUUUUCUUGAAUUGGAAGCGGAUUUUUUAAUCUCUUUAUUCAAGAGAGAUGACAUAGUUCUCGAUGAGGUUUUAAUCUGGGAAUCUGUUAUUCGUUGGGGAAUGGCGCAAAUUGAAUUGAAUACGGAUGUAUCACAGUGGACAAAUCGAGAUUUUAUAAGACUAAAAAAAACUGUUAAAAACCUAGUUCCACAUAUUAGAUUCUUCAACAUUUCUGGAAUAGAUCAUAGAACAAGGGUUCGCCCAUACAAAAAAAUUCUUCCAAAAGAAUUGAAAGAAGAAAUUAAAGAUUAUUUUUUUGCCCAGGUUCCUCCAAAGAAAUUCCGUAAACUCCCACCACGUGCCAUUAAAAGUGAAUCCGAUGUAUCAAUUGCUAAUAAUUCAGAUCAUGAGUCCUUUACUUCUAUAGAUUCUAUUCUUAUGGAUAUAAAUGGGUUCUUCGAAAAAAGUAUUUAUAAAAAUGAUAACGUAAAAAAAGCAAAGAUUGUUUAUGAUUCAGAUGAUACUAUUGAAAGUGAUUCGGAUUAUUUAGAUGUUAACAAACUAUAA